UUGAUUUGGUGCGAGAGCCCGCCUCAGCCACCUCUGCAAUCGGACCAUCCCACUUCACUCUCCUUCCCAAUCGGACCAUCCCACUUCACUCUCCCUCUCCCUCUCCCUCCCAUCCAUUUCACGCCGCACCUCUCCAUUUCGACGGAGACCAGCGACUGCGAGGCCGCCGCCUCUCUCCGUUUCAGUCGAACAACAUCCGCUUGGCCCUGAUCUGAGGAAAGUAGAAGCUUUUUCCAAGAAUAAAUCGAUGGAGGACAGAAGCACAACUGGAAGUUGGAGAAACAAAUUAGGGUUUUGGAAAUGGGCGAUUGCUUCUGUAUUAUUCAGACUAAUUUUAACUUAUUUUUCCAAAAAUCUCAACCUCUCUUCACGCCCCGAAGUCUCCACUCCGCUCACCAGCCUCCGCCGCCUGGCGGAAGGCUACUGGCUAAAGCAAUUGUCAAUGUCUCCUUAUUCUGGUUCAAUGUACCAUGGGUCGCCUUUGUUGCUCUCGAUUCUUGGGCCUCUUACUGUUAAAAAAAUUGGAGGGCUAUCUAGUGAACUGUUAUGCAGUCUGGUUUCUGUGGUUGCAGAUUUUAUCAGCGCAAUCCUUAUUCGUGCAACUGGGACCAGUCUUGUAAGAUCACAUCUUCACAAUUGGAAAGCAUUGGGCCUUGAUAAGCUGUUCAAAGGCGAUGAGGCUGUGCCAUCUGGUGAUGUUGCUGCCCUUGUGUAUUUGUGGAACCCUUUCACAAUCGUCUCUUGCAUUGGUUUCAAUACUUCAGCUAUAGAAAAUAUGUUUGUUGUCAUGUCACUUUAUGGAGCAUCUGCAGGAUUAGUACCAUUGGCAGCUUUUGGGUGGGUUGUAUCAUCACAUUUGUCUCUGUAUCCCAUAGUUCUAGUGAUUCCGGUGGUUUUUUUGUUGGGUUAUGGUCUUGAUGCACCCCCAAGAAAACUUUUUGCGCAGAGUAAUCUAAAAGGUGGAGAAAAGAGAUCAGCCGAUCAUGCUGAACUCAAGUCACUGAAUGAUAAAUUCUCUAAAACAAAUUUCUCUUGGUGGAGAGUUGUCAUCUUCUUCUUCUGGGCAUUUGUAUGGACUUCCUAUGUGUUAAUUAUGUGUGCCAUCUCUAUGAAAGAGUAUGGUGGUCUUGGGGAGAUGUUUAAGAGGACAUAUGGAUUUAUUCUUGCCAUUGAGGAUUUGUCUCCAAAUAUUGGUGUCUUAUGGUACUUCUUUGCGGAAGUGUUUGAUUUUUUCAGGAAUUUUUUCCUGAUAGUUUUUCAUGUGAACAUCCUAUUCAUGAUAUUGCCGUUAGCUAUACGGCUAAAUCACAGGCCAUGUUUUUUGGCUUUUCUUUACUUGGCAGUCUCUUCAAUGCUAAAAUCUUAUCCAUCGGUUGGGGACUCGGCUUUAUAUUUGAGUUUACUGGUGCUAUUUGUUAAUGAGUUAGAAGAGAUGCAGUUUACGUUCUUCCUCUUUUGUGGAUAUGUUGGGAUCUCUCUUCUCAGCCCUGUAAUGCACAACCUAUGGAUUUGGAGGGGGACUGGGAAUGCAAACUUUUACUUUGCGACUGCAAUCGGAUAUGCUUGUUUCCAGAUCAUUCUGGUAGUUGAGAGUGUGAGUGCUAUGUUAAACCAUGACAGGAAGAUCAGAAAGUUAUGCAACAAGGUUUAACAUGGCUGUCGGCUUUAGUUAAAAGGACUUUUACAACGAGGUAAUUGGUUAAAAUGUUGUGAUGGUUUGAAGAUGUUCACUUGUGCAACUGCGGGAAGUUUGCUAGUGCUAAAUCUGUUAGGUGGGUUACUUGUAUCAUAGUUCUGCACGCGAUGUUGCUCAUAUUAUUUAUCCUAAAAUACUAACAGUAUUUUUUGUGUUCUA